AUGGACGUGACGCCGCCCGCCUUCAUCUACUGCGCGGACCCGGGCACGGCCAACUGGGCGCUGCCCUACCUCGAGGCGUCGCCGUACAUCAUCCUCGACUGCGAAGGGAUGAACAUCGGCCAGGCCGGCGGCGUGCUCUCGCUCGUGUGCGUCGGCAGCGCGCACGCGCGGGACGUGUUCGUGUUCGACGUGCUCGCGCUGCGCGCGUCCGAGUCCAGCGGCGGCUCCGCGGAUCCUUCAAGUCGCACGGAUCAGUCGUCGGCGCUGGCGCGUCUCGCGCGCGUGCUCGCGGACCCGGGUGUGCGCAAGGUGAUGUGGGACUGCCGGAACGAUUAUCUGGAGAUUAAAGAGGUGUUGGGGGCUGCGAUGCGUGGGGUGCUUGAUUUACAGUUGGCGGAGAUCGGGGCGCGCGGGGAGGACGGGUGGGAGGGCGCGGGGCGCCGCGAGGGGCGGAUUGCGGCGGGGGGGAGGCGCGUGUCGUGGAGGUUUUUGAGGGAUAAUCGCGGGUUGUUUAAGGGCGUGCAUGCGCUCAAGGGUAUGGAGCAGGCGCUGAGGGAGAGCAAGAUUCCGAUGCAGGGCAAGGACGCCGACGUCGUGGCCAUGCACAAGGCCGACGGCUCCGCCAUGUGGCUGCAGCGCCCGCUGCACCCCAAACUACUCGCGUACGCAGCGCACGACAUAUACAUGCUCGACGCCCUCUACGCCAAGUUCCUACACGACCGCUGGAUCACGCCGCACACGGAGCCCGCGCUGCUCGAGCAGAGCGCACGGUACGCGCUCGCGCUCUCAUACCAGGGGCGCGUCGCGCCCGAGGACGUGUUCGGCUCGUGCGGGCUCCUGCCGCUGGACGUGCUCCGCGAGCCGCGCGGGCUGACGGUGCCGUGCGCGGGGUGCAGGCGUAUUCAGGGGCUGGAUUGUUUUAUGCUGCAGCAGAUGCGCGGGCAGCGAGUGAGGCACCGGAGCAACCUGUGCAGGGUGUGCCAGAUCAAGGCGAUUAUUAAGAAGGUGGAUUUUACGCCGAUGCUGACGUAUGUUGUGGUGAAUGAACGGCACUGAUAGUGACUUGGUUGGAGUGUUGUCCACGGACUUUUGGAUUCUUUGAUGCUGCUUUAUUUGUACGUUAUAAUGAGCUGUGUUUCGAUAGCCUACUUCCGAACGUUCCUUCUGCUUGCUUACGCCGGACACGAUGGUCUUUGCAUUGAGUUCGGCAUGUCGUUUACGGAUGCAGCAGGCAAUGUAAUGUAAGAGUUGUAGACGAUGCGUCU